AUGAAAGCUCUCCUGUGGAGACUCACUCUGGCCACAGCACUGGUGUUCCCGGUCGUGUACUUCAUUAAAGAAAACCCCUUGGAUGCUACCAGUUUCCUGUCUUGGGAGGAGAAGGAGGUGGUCGCUUGGCAGAGGGUCCGCAUGCAGGUCAAUCCCGGCAGAAAAUCGCACCUGGAAGCCUUCAAAGCUAUGCAGAGGAGCUCGGAACCCACCAGACACGUGAAGUCCCGUGUCUUGCUGGGAGCCCUUCCCGUGGAAAAGAAGCUGCUGACCAUAGGGAUCUCCUCCGGGCGCCGGCCCCGCGGGAGCGCCCUCGUCCACACCCUGCAGCGGCUCUUCCUGGCUUCCUCCCCGGCCGAGCAGAGGUGCUUCACGGUGGUGGUGCAGCUAGCGGACCCAGACCCCAAGUGGCAGGACCAAACGCUCUCCAGCCUCUCGGCCCUCUUCCAGCCGCACGUGCAGGCCGGGCGGCUCCUGGUGAUCACGACUCCUCCCCAGAGCUAUCGGCCUUUGAAAAACCGGAAGAAAACCUUCAGCCACAGCCCCGCGCGCGGGGCCUUCCGCCCAGAGCAGAACCUGGAUUACGCCUUCCUCAUGAACUUCGCUGUCAACUGCUCUGACUACUUCCUGGUGAUGGACGACGACGUGCAGUGUGCACCGGGCUUCAUCACGCACAUCGCGGCCACCCUGGCCACCUGGGAGUGGACGUCCUGGGUGACGCUGGAGUUCUCGCAGCUGGGCCUCACUGGAAAGCUCUUCCGCACCCGCGACCUCCCCGGCUUUGUUUGCUUCCUUCUCCUCUUCCACCAAACCAUGCCCUGUCGCUACCUUCUCUCCCACUUCCAAGACGUCCUGCAGCAAAAACCGAUCCAGUUCUUGCCCUCCCUCUUCCGGCGCGUGGGCAAUGCCUCCUCUGCGCAGGGUAGGCUCACCAGCCUCAGGGAGACCGAGCCGGAGGAAAGUGACGCUGGCUCGCCCAGCAACCCUGCAGCCACCAUCUAUACCAACCUCAAUGUAACCAAUGGCUCCACGCUCAUGAACGCCUACAGCCUGGACAGGACCGUCUUCUCUACCAGGGAGGCUAAGGCUGGCAGCCAUCUGACCGUGAUUCUGGACACACCUGCCAGAGUCUCCCGAGUUCAAGUGCUGACCGGCUCCGAGCUGGACGAAGAGAACCGGGUGAAGGAGGGGCAGGUGGAACUGGGCUACGACACCACGAACCUGAUUGAUGACUGUGACGACUACGUGCUCCUGGGGCUCCUUGUCAAUGGCAUCUUGAACAAGCAGGUGCUGUCGGAAAAGUCUGGAAAGAAGGUGAAGUGUGUGAGAUUGCUGGUGACAGCCACUCUGCCCUCGGGAUUCACACUCAGACACAUCAACCUCUGGAUCCGGUGA